AUGCAAGCUAAGACGAACAGUAGCCGGUUAGUGUCGGAAGACCGAAUGAGGAACGAGGGCGGCGUCGACUGGACCGCACGCAACCAAUAUAACCGCGAGCCAGCCGGAGGCGGGUUUUUCCUUCUUUUUUUCCCAAUUUUACUGAGAGAAGGAGCGCUUCGGCGGCACCUCCGCUGUGCGAGAGUUGUUGGGGCUCAUAUUUUUUUUGCCGUGUCUGUGUCUGUCCAUGUCGUUUUCCGCCGAGACCAACAAUUCUUCAAAAAUGAGGAAGCGCAAGGAACUCUUUUGCACCUUCGGCUCACCGCCGCCACCGACGCCGCCAUUUGGAUUCCCCUGGAGAAAUGCUGCCAUUAUCCGCUUUAUUCCGCGUCUGCAUAUACACAUUCUGUACUGUGUUUGCCUGGGCUGAUAGGAAAGGUCGAUCAACUCGAAAGAAAAUUUUGA